GCGGAGCCAGCGCAGAGCCCAGGCGCGCCGAGGAGCUGACCACAAGGGGAAGAGAGCAAACUGCUGGGCUCCAGUGUGCCCAUGAGUAAGACCAGAUGCUCCGUGGGACCGAUGUCCUCUGUGGUGACCCUGGCUAAGGAGCCCAACGCCGUGGGCCCCAGGGAGGUGGAGCUCAUCCUGGUGAAGGAGCAGAACGGGGUGCAGCUCACGAACUCCACCCUCAUCAACCCGCCGCAGACGCCCGUGGAGACCCAGGAGCGGGAGACAUGGAGCAAGAAGAUAGACUUUCUGCUCUCGGUCAUCGGCUUUGCUGUGGACCUAGCCAACGUCUGGCGCUUUCCCUACCUGUGCUACAAAAACGGUGGAGGUGCCUUCCUGGUGCCCUACCUGCUCUUCAUGGUCAUCGCUGGCAUGCCGCUCUUCUACAUGGAGCUGGCCCUCGGGCAGUUCAACAGGGAAGGGGCCGCUGGUGUCUGGAAGAUCUGUCCUGUCCUGAAAGGUGUGGGCUUCACGGUCAUCCUAAUAUCCUUCUACGUGGGCUUUUUCUACAACGUCAUCAUCGCCUGGGCCCUGCACUAUUUCUUCUCCUCCUUCACCAUGGACCUCCCGUGGGUCCAUUGCAACAACACCUGGAACAGCCCUAACUGUUCCGACGCGCACACCAGCAACGCCAGCGCCAGCUCGGGCCUCAACGACACCUUUGGGACCACGCCUGCCGCCGAGUACUUUGAGCGUGGCGUGCUGCACCUCCACCAGAGCCGCGGCAUCGAUGACCUGGGCCCUCCCCGGUGGCAGCUCACGGCCUGCCUGGUGCUGGUCAUUGUCCUCCUGUACUUCAGCUUGUGGAAAGGAGUGAAGACCUCAGGGAAGGUCGUGUGGAUCACAGCCACCAUGCCCUAUGUGGUCCUCACUGCCCUGCUCCUGCGUGGCGUCACGCUCCCGGGAGCCAUGGAGGGCAUCAGAGCGUACCUGAGCGUGGACUUCUACCGACUCUGCGAGGCAUCCGUGUGGAUAGAUGCUGCCACCCAGGUGUGCUUCUCCCUGGGCAUUGGGUUCGGGGUGCUGAUCGCCUUCUCCAGCUACAAUAAGUUCACCAACAAUUGCUAUAGGGACGCGAUUAUCACCACCUCCAUCAACUCCCUGACGAGCUUUUCCUCUGGCUUCGUCGUCUUCUCCUUCCUGGGGUACAUGGCACAGAAGCACAAUGUGCCCAUCGGGGACGUGGCCACAGACGGGCCAGGCCUAAUCUUCAUCAUCUACCCGGAGGCGAUCGCCACACUCCCGCUCUCCUCAGCCUGGGCUGCCAUCUUCUUCCUCAUGCUGCUGACUCUGGGGAUAGACAGUGCUAUGGGCGGCAUGGAGUCUGUGAUCACCGGCCUCAUCGAUGAGUUCCAGCUGCUGCACCGCCACCGGGAAUUCUUCACACUGGGCAUAGUCCUGGCCACCUUCCUGCUGUCUCUCUUCUGCGUCACCAACGGAGGCAUCUAUGUCUUCACACUGCUGGACCACUUUGCUGCCGGCACAUCCAUCCUCUUUGGCGUGCUCAUCGAAGCCAUUGGGGUGGCCUGGUUCUACGGUGUGCGGCAGUUCAGUGAUGACAUCAAGCAGAUGAUGGGGCAGCGGCCCAGUCUCUACUGGCGGCUGUGCUGGAAGCUGGUCAGCCCUUGCUUUCUCCUGUUUGUGGUGGUUGUCAGCAUCGUCACCUUCAGGCCCCCUCACUACGGAGCCUAUGUCUUCCCAGACUGGGCCAACGUGGUGGGCUGGCUCAUCGCCACAUCCUCCAUGGCCAUGGUGCCCAUUUAUGCCAUCUACAAGCUCUGCAGUCUGCCAGGGACCCUCCGCGAGAAACUGGCCUAUGCCAUCACGCCCGAGAGGGAUCGUCAGCUGGUGGACAGAGGGGAGGUACGCCAGUUCACGCUACGCCACUGGCUGCUGGUGUAGCGCAGAGGGAGGCAGCUGGCCGGGCCAUCUCACCGUCGCCAGGGCCGCACAGAAGGGAGACCCCCGUGCUCAGGAAGGAGGCCCGCCUCCACCUUCCCCUCUGCUGUAUGGAGAAAAAAAAAAUAAUCAAAGAUUACAUUCAUCCUGUGACUGUUUGCACCUGAUCCGUACCACUGAGAGGACAUGCCGUGUGCGUGGCUGUAAGAACACCGUUGUACACAAUGAGGCUGGCCCCAUUCCCUUCCCCACUGGGUGGGAAACUUCCGGUUGUCAUCUGUCCCUGAAAGGCCAGCUUUGCACUCCAUGGCCAUCCAGCACAGGUCUUGCUGUCCCCUGUACAGGACUCAGUUGUACAUAUACAAGAAUCCACGUGCUCACAUAGCUGCCUGGACCGGUUCUUUUGCUCACAUUUACAAUGCCAAGUACCCUGUGUUUGUCCGACCGUGUAAGAGAUAAAAGACGUCGCUACGUGCCAAGUCCUUCUCCUGGUGCUUGGCUCUGAGCAAAUGCUGUGGCCUGAGCAUCCUGUCCACAUGUCACACAUGAGGUCUGUUCUGUUCUGGGCCACAGACCAUGCAGGGUCUGGGGGAUGUGCCAGCAAUUCUGUCUGUUUCCUUGUAACUGAGAGAACUAGAACCCGUGACAUAAACUUGAGAGACCUCCCACUCCUGGCCUCUGGGGAUCCUGGUCGGUUUGCAGUCACCUCACAAUGGACCCCCGGAUCACUGAA